AUGAAUAAUCAAACAAAAAAAAUAUCCCAAUCUUCAUUUUCUCUGCAAUAUUAUGAGAUAUUACAACAAAUCAAAGAAUUUGAUGAAUUUUAUAAAGACAAAUCCAUAGAAGAAAUGAACAAACAAUUAGAUCAAUUUUCUGUAACAAUUCCAGAUAAUUUCAUUAUAAAUAAAGUUAAAUUAGAUGAGAAGUAUAGGAUUAAAAGCAAGGAGCAUUUGAAAGAUUUUAAUAAUGAUGGAUUAUACAGAGAAUGGCUUAAGGUUAAGGAUAAAGAGGAUACAGGAAGAGUAGUACUUUAUCUGUUUGGUAGAAGAUAUUAUAAGGGAUCAUCUAAAUUAGCCCGCAGUCUUACUCAUCAGAUUGCUGAAAAUGCUAAGUGCUCAGUUUUUG